AUGGGGCGCGCCCAGUCGUCCCAGGGGACAGCCGAGGAGAAGGUCGCGGCGGCUCUCUCCCAGUUGCUCGCCCAGGCCCCGUCCGGCCGCUUGUCGCUCGGCGCUUGCCGCGCGUUGCUGCAGCGGCUUAACUUGCGGCCGGUGCAGGCGCGCUGGCUGCUGCACACCGCCACCGAGGAGUGCUGCGAGCUGAUGCGGCGGCGAGGACGGCGCCGCAGCGACGCUCUUCUUCCCUUCGGUCGCGGCGCGGGAGGAGUUGUGCGGCGUGCUGGCGACGGCGCGCCACACCCUCGACGUGUGCGUCUUUACUCUCUCGGACCGGCGCAUCGCCGACACGGUCCUCGAUGCGCACAAGCGCGGCGCGGCGGUGCGGCUAAUCACAGACGAUGUGACUGCGAUGAACGACGGGUCACUCGUCUUUGAGCUCGCCGAAGCGGGGGUCGCAACGGUGGUGGACUCAGACUUCGAGGAGUGGAGGACGGCAGAGGACGGGUCCAUGCGUCGCUCCGGCUCGACGCCGCGGCACAUGCAUCACAAGUUUUGCCUCGUGGACGGCCAGAUACUGCUCACUGGGUCGUACAACUUCAGCUGGUCCGCGGGCAACGUCAACUGCGAAAACAUGCUCAUCACCGACGACCCGUACCACGUGCGCCGCUACGGCGAGGCGUUCGAGGGCCUGUGGCGCGAGUUUCGGCGCGCGAUGUACGUCUCGCGACAGGAGGCGGCGGUGCGUAUCCAGAGGAUCGAGCGUGGGCGGCGCGAGCGCACCGCCGGCGCCCGAGGCAUGCGGCAGGUGGUCAACGCUGCGUCUGUCAAGGCGAACGCCGGCCGCCGCAUAGCCGGCGGCCGCUCGCCGCGCGCGCGAUGAAACCAAGGUGGUCGGGUAACACCGCUCCAGCUGAUACUCGCAUCAGUCUGUUGGUGUAUUUGGCCCGCAGGGCGCGACGGAGCGCGCGACUCACACCGUUACUGUUUCCACGCGGCAGGACAGAGCGAAAAAGUAACAGAACUCCAUGUGCGGA